AUGGAUCAGCACGCUAAUGCGGCCAAUACCAACACUCUGCAAUACCUUGCGGUUAACCCGAGCCCAUUGCUGUUGGUCCUGCACUCGUUGACAACUACAAACCUAUCUCCGUUGGACCUGCACUGGUUGACAACUACGAACCCAUCUCCGUCGGACCUGCACUCGUUGACAAACCAAUCUCCGUUGGGCGUUGACGAACCCAUCUCCGUCGGACCUGCACUGGUUGACAACUACGAGCCCAUCUCCAUCGGACCUGCACUCGUUGACAAACCCAUCUCCGUUGGGCCCGCUGGCGUUGACAACUACAAACCUAUCUCCGUUGGACCUGCACUGGUUGACAACUACGAACCCAUCUCCGUCGGACCUGCACUCGUUGACAACUACGAACCCAUCUCCAUCGGACCUGCACUCGUUGACAAACCCAUCUCCGUUGGGCCCGCUGGCGUUGGCAGCUACGAACCCAUCUCCGUCGGACCUGCACUGGUUGACAACUACGAACCUAUCUCCAUCGGACCUGCACUUGUUGACAAACCAAUCUCCGUUGGGCCCGCUGGCUUGACAAACCCAUCUCCGUUGGGCCCGCUGGCGUUGGCAGCUACGAACCCAUCUCCGUCGGACCUGCACUCGUUGAUAGCUACGAACCCAUCUCCGUCGGACCUGCACUGGUUGACAACUACGAACCCAUCUCCAUCGGACCUGCACUCGUUGACAAACCCAUCUCCGUUGGGCCCGCUGGCGUUGGCAGCUACGAACCCAUCUCCGUCGGACCUGCACUGGUUGACAACUACGAACCCAUCUCCAUCGGACCUGCACUCGUUGACAAACCCAUCUCCGUUGGGCCCGCUGGCGUUGGCAGCUACGAACCCAUUUCCGUCGGACCUGCACUCGUUGAUAGCUACGAACCCAUCUCUGUCGGACCUGCACUCGUUGACAACUACGAACCCAUCUCCAUCGGACCUGCACUCGUUGACAAACCCAUCUCCGUUGGGCCCGCUGGCGUUGGCAGCUACGAACCCAUCUCCGUCGGACCUGCACGAACCCAUCUCUGUCGGACCUGCACUCGUUGACAACUACGAACCCAUCUCCAUCGGACCUGCACUCGUUGACAAACCCAUCUCCGUUGGGCCCGCUGGCGUUGGCAGCUACGAACCCAUCUCCGUCGGACCUGCACUCGUUGAUAGCUACGAACCCAUCUCCGUCGGACCUGCACUCGUUGACAACUACGAACCCAUCUCCAUCGGACCUGCACUCGUUGACAAACCCCAUCUCCGUCGGGCCCGCACUGGCGUUGGCAGCUACGAACCCAUCUCCGUCGGACCUGCACUCGUUGAUAGCUACGAACCCAUCUCCGUCGGACCUGCACUGGUUGACAACUACGAACCCAUCUCCAUCGGACCUGCACUCGUUGACAAACCCAUCUCCGUUGGGCCCGCUGGCGUUGGCAACUACGAACCCAUCUCCGUCGGACCUGCACUGCAAACUCUCCGUUGGACCUGCGUUGAUUGGGCCCGCUACGAACCCAUCUCCGUCGGACCUGCACUCGUUGACAACUACGAACCCAUCUCCGUCGGACCUGCACUCGUUGACAACUACGAGCCCAUCUCCAUCGGACCUGCACUCGUUGACAAACCCAUCUCCGUUGGUCCCGCCGGCGUUGGCAGCUACGAACCCAUCUCCGUCGGACCUGCACUGGUUGACAACUACGAGCCCAUCUCCAUCGGACCUGCACUUGUUGACAAACCCAUCUCCGUUGGGCCCGCUGGCGUUGACAGCUACGAACCCAUCUCCGUCGGACCUGCACUGGUUGACAACUACGAGCCCAUCUCCAUCGGACCUGCACUCGUUGACAAACCCAUCUCCGUUGGGCCCGCUGGCGUUGGCAGCUACGAACCCAUCUCCGUCGGACCUGCACUCGUAGACAACUACGAACCUAUUUCCGUCGGUCCCGCUGUCGUUGACAACGAAGAACCCAUUUCGGUCGGACCCGCUAUCGUAGACAACUAUGAACCCAUUUCUAUUGGGCCCGCUCUCAUUGACUUCCCCCUACCAGACGUUGGUGCCGUCACUGAGGUGCACCCUGCCCCUGUUAUGCCCACUCCCGUCGGCCCCUCCGCUAACGCUCCCCUUGUCCAAAUCAUCUUGAACAUCCAGUCCUCUUCCGAUGUAGCUGUUGAAAGCAUCCCCUCCCCACCACCCACCCCCGUUCAGGUUGUUGAUGAUGCUGGAUUCGUUCCUGAGCCCGUUAUCGUAGACAGGCCAAUCGUUCCCAACCCCGAGGUAGUCGAAGAGAAGCCUAUUAUUCCUACGCCCGUGAUCGUUGUCGACAAGCCAGAGGCUCCUGAGUCAGUUAUCGUAGUGGACAAGCCCACCGUUUUUGAGCCCAUUGUUCCUGAGCCCAUUGUUCCUGAGCCCAUCGUUCCUGAACCCGUCAUUAUUGUAGACCAGCCAACCAUUCCUGAGCCCGUCAUCAUUGCUCAACCCAUCAUCCCCGCCCCGCUAUUGUUCUUCCUGAAAUACUUAACUAAGCAUAAUUGGUGUAUAAUAUCCGAAUAC